AUGGAUCUAAAAUUGAACGCUCCCUCACCUCUGUCUUUGCUCCCCGGAACAUCCUCAUCGUCGGCGCUGGCAUCGCCGGCAUCUCCUGUGCCCUCGCCCUCUCCAAAGAACUCACUCCCUUCGUCCCCGACCUUCAGAUCACCAUCUUCGAACGCCAUGACAUCCUCUCCACCUCCGGCGGCGCCAUCAACCUCACCCCCGUCGCCCAGCGCCACCUCGACCGCCUCGGCGUCCUCGACGAGCUCGACAAAAUGGGCACCGAAGGCGGCACAGACGUCGAAGCCAUCGAGCUCUUCUCCAGCCACCAAAAAGGGAACGGAUUCGGUGGAUACAAGGGCCGCCGGCGGACAAAGAACAUCAACGUCGUAUUCGGGAAGAAGCUCAUCCGCGGCGAAGAAAACGAAGACGAAGCCACCCUGCACUUCCAAGACGGCACCACCGCAACCGGUGACCUGGUCUUGGGCUGCGACGGCGUGCACUCGGCGACCCGCACCCACUGGGUAUCUCCGGAGCAUCCGUCCGAGUAUACCGGCAUCUCCUUCCUGCAGACCGUCAUCGACGCCAAGAGUAUCAACUACUGUGAUCGAGAACACGACCAGAUCUUCUUGGCGGCUAUCGUGCAGUUCAAUGAGGCCAAUUUGCCCUCCUGUAAGAUCGAAAACGGACAGGACUGGGUCACACAACAUCGGAUCAAGAAUGCCUUGCACGAGGAGAUGCAGGCUCGCUUCGGGAAGUCCGGAGUCCGGCCGAAUGCACGUUGGCAUACGGAUCGGGCUUUGCUGCUCGGUGAUGCUGCACACGCUAUGCCCCCGCGCGACGAAUCCGCCGCCUACGCCCUCGACGACGCAAUCCUCUUCUCCCGCAUCCUCGCCAAACACCGUCACGAACCCCUCCCCGUCGCCUUCAAAGCCUACGAAGACCUCCGUCGCCACACCGUCAACACAGCCUUCAAGGCCUCCCGUCGCAUGUGGGAGAAGAACCGGGACAUGGGAUUCCUCGAGGGCCGGCUCAAAGAAUUGA